AUGAAAAUGGAGUCACGAAAGGUGAUGGCAGUGCGCAUCAAGCAAAUCAGUUCCCACCGUUUGAGUGGCAAGGCAUUGCGCAUUAUGAUUUACCACACUCCUGACGUAGUCAACGAGCCUCCUCCAUGCGACGUCCUCGUGAAUCCGUGCAACGAAGGCAUGACCGGGACAUCCUUGUUCUCGUACUUUCCGCGGGGUGGUCCAGUGCCAGCACAGCCACCUCCCAACAUGACGCAUCAGUCUUUGAAUUGGGGCGGCAUGGACGCUGGUGACAAGAUGCUAUACCCUGUCCAAACUAUUGACGGCCUAGUAUGUCUUGCCGGUGGCCACGAGCUCCAGAAACUAUUGGAUGGGAUCAAGGGGCCAAUUAAAUGUCCGACAGGCAGUGCUGUGUUCACGAAGGCUCCUGGCACCCUCUCCAAGCGCUUUCAAGGCAUCGUACACACAGCCACGCCAUUUUACCUGGCGUUGGACUGGGAGUACAAACUUGCAUCGUGCUACAUCGAGAGUUUGAACCUUGCGUUCACUGCUGGGCCAUUCUUAUCCAUUGCCACGCCACUACUUGGCGCUGGAUGCAAAGGUAUUCCUGUUCCUGACGCAGUCCGCCUUGCUGGACAUGCCUGCCGUAAAUGGGAUGCCAUGAGCACCCCGCGAAUUCCACCACUGGAUCUCAUCUUCGGAGUGCAAGACCCAGCGAUUGGUGAACUUAUCAGUGCUGAAUUCGAUGCAUGA